CAGACCGACAGGCGCGGUGCCCGCGGGCUGAGACCGACAAGCCCACGGCACAGGGCACAGCUGCUUUUCCUCUGAUGGCUCCAUGAUUUCCCAGGAGCUGAGGGGCCACUGUGUGCCCCUGCUGUGCUUCAGGACAAGGGCUCUGUGGUUGCUGCAGCAUGGUCCAAGCCUGCUUGGUGUGCUCCAGAGUUCCUAAGGGCAGCCUGGCAGCCCCGGCAGCUGCAGUGGACAUGGACAAGCCGGACAAGCCCAGCCCCUCUGCCAAGAAGCACGUGCGUCUGCAGGAGAGGAGGGGCUCCAAUGUCUCACUAGUACUGGACAUGAGCUCUCUAGGGAAUGUGGAGCCCAUCCAACCUGUUUGCACACCACGGGACAUCACACUGAAGUUUCUGAGGACAUCCAGCCAUGUGCUGAGAAAACAGGAGCUCCAGCAGCACGCCCAGAGCCUGGCACAGCUCCAAGAGGAGUUUUCGAAAAUCCCACCCAACUUUGUGAGUCCGGAGGAGCUGGAAAUCCCUGGACGUGCUUUCAAGGACAGAUACAAAACCAUUCUCCCCAAUCCUGAGAGCCGGGUCUGCCUCAGGAGGGCUGGGAGCCAGGAGGAAGACAGCUACAUAAAUGCCAACUACAUCACAGGCUACGCGGGGCGGCCCCGGGAGUACAUUGCCACACAGGGACCCAUGCUGAACACCGUGAGUGACUUCUGGGAGAUGGUGUGGCAGGAGGAAGCUCCUCUCAUCGUCAUGAUCACCGAGCUCCAGGAGAGCAAGGAGAAAUGUGUCCACUACUGGCCUGAGAAGGAGGGCACCUAUGGCCCAUUCACCAUCCACGUGCAGGGGGUGAGCGAGUCUGUGGAGUACGUGGUCCGGGAUCUCUCCAUCCAGCUUGGAAAGGAACACCGCAAGGUCAAACACAUCCUCUUCCCUUCCUGGCCUGACCAGCAAACACCUGAGUCAGCCAAGCCCCUGCUGCACCUGGUAUCCAAGGUGGAGGAGGCUCUGCAGACUGCAGCCAGCCCAGGGCCCAUCGUGGUGCACUGCAGUGCAGGCAUUGGCCGCACCGGCUCCUUCAUUGCCACCAGGAUUGGGUGCCAGCAGCUGCAGGACAAGGGGGAGGUGGAUAUCCUGGGAAUUGUGUGCCGUCUCCGCAUAGACAGAGGUGGGAUGAUCCAGACGAGCGAGCAGUACCAGUUCCUCCAUCACACACUAGCUCUCUAUGCCUCCCAGCUGCCAGAAGGGGGAGGCCGCUAGUUCAGGGCUUGUGGCUCCCUGCUCUGACCUCUCCUGCACCAGCCUCGGGGACACCUUCACCAAAACCUCUCCUGAUGCUGCCAGGCCACAGAGCAGCAGCAUGAACAUCUUGGGAUGAGUACAGCUGAGCCAGCCCAUGGGGACCCUGGGGAUGAGCAAGGUGAGGUGGUGCAGUGGGUGCUCGAGGUGGCCACUGCUGCUGGCUCCAGGCAGAUUUCACCCAUAGAAAGAAGCUUUGGCUUUUGAGAGGUGCAAGAUCCCGGACCAGAAGAGCAAGCUGUGCAGAGGAACUGCAGCUGGCAGAUGCCAGGAGCACGAUUUGCCUUUCAGCUGCACACAAAUGUUCACCCCGUUAGACACCGCACUGCUGGAACUACCCUGAAAUAAAUGAAGCCUCUGUCCUGGCUGUGCAUCCUCUGUGGGCAGGGCUGGGCUUGCUCCAAACAUGCACCAUGAAGCUCUUCUUGCUGAGGACACCUUGAUGUCUUGGUGCACACUCAGCUAACAGCGUUCCACAGCUUGCUUUCCUCUCCACCUUCAGCCAACACCUUUUCAACAGCCUUAAGGUAGAAUAAUAUAAUAAUUAAGGCUGGAAAAGACCUCCAAGAUCAUUGAGUCCAACCUCUGAUCAAACCCCGCUGUGCCCACUAAACUGU